ACUUCGCUAGUGGUGGUCUGCACUCGAGUAUAUACGGCCAGGCAGGCUAAGUCUUGUUGUAGUGGGUUAUCUCAGCAGUGAGAUAAAAUAAGAAGGAAAACCCUAUAGAACCUGAAGAGAAGAGAGUACUAGCAGGCUGCUACUAGCAGCAAUGGAGAUCAAGAUCGAUGAGAAGGCACCGGAGGUGGUGGUGCCAUCGCGGUUCAGGAGGAUAUGUGUGUUCUGUGGGAGCAGCCAUGGCAAGAAGAAGAGCUACCAGGAUGCUGCCAUUGAGCUUGGAAAAGAGCUGGUGUCAAGAAAGAUUGAUCUGGUGUAUGGAGGAGGGAGUGUAGGGUUGAUGGGCCUGGUUUCUCAAGCAGUGUACAAUGGAGGAAGGCAUGUUAUUGGGGUAAUUCCCAAGACCCUCAUGCCUAGAGAGAUAUCGGGUGAAACGGUGGGAGAGGUGAAAGCAGUGGCUGAUAUGCACCAGAGGAAGGCUGAGAUGGCCAGGCAGUCCGAUGCCUUUAUAGCAUUGCCUGGGGGGUAUGGAACUCUUGAAGAGUUACUAGAAGUGAUUGCAUGGGCUCAGCUUGGCAUCCACAACAAACCGGUUGGACUGCUAAAUGUCGACGGCUACUACAACCCGUUGUUGGCUUUCAUCGAGAAAGCUGUGGAGGAAGGGUUCAUCAAGCCUACAGCCCAGCAUAUCAUUGUCUUGGCUCCAACACCUAAGGAACUGAUUGAAAAGCUGGAGGAGUACUCGCCUCGGCACGAGAAAGUGGUGCCGCAGAUGAAAUGGGAGAUGGAACAGCUGAGCUACUCCCAGAACUGUGAGAUCCCCGUGGCAAAGGAGGGGAAGGUGAUCAUGGAAGCGCAAUUGGGAAACACGGUGUGGAUGUAGGCACUCACUACGGGAAGCAGGUCAAUUUGUAAUAUCAUUGUGACACUAGUAAUAUAGGUCGGACAUUGGCAUGGACGCGCCAACAGUAUGUCUGACUAUUGUCUUAAUCUUUAGGUUGCUGUAACUUUGGUAGAAGGUGCUCGUUCUUGAUAUACAGUAUUCGGCUUGAUCGUUCAUGUAAAAUUUGGUAGUCGUAUAUGCUAUCUAUGGAACUUUGGUAGAAGGUGCUUUA